AAAAAAAAUUAUAUGACGCGCCCUUUUGUUAAAGUCGCUCUUUUAGUUUAUCUUAUCGUCUUUAGAGGGCAUCUAGUCGGUGCUUGCAGCGCUACCUUUUGGCCAAUCAAGGAGUGUCCGUGUCAUCGGUAUUACAGAACUGCUGUUAGUAUUCUGUCAUCCAAUUCCGUAAGAGUUGUUCAGGAGUUGUAUUUGGUUGUGUGGGCUGUGCAGUGGCUGUGUGCUUGUGAACAUAGGAAGAAUGACGGACGUAAUGUGAUUUCGUGAAUUACAGUGUUUUCGAUUACAAUAGCGCAGUUUACUUAAAAAUGGCGUUUACUUGUGGAUUUUGGUUACUUAUCAUUAUUGAACUAGUGUGCGUGUUGUACACAAAUGGAGCACCCACAGAUAUUGAAUUAGAUGCCAGAGCGCUACUAACUCAUCGCAUUGACAGUUUGAAUCUCUUGUUAUAUACAUUUCUUUUGAUCUUAACUGUAUUAACUAUUUGGUUAUUUAAGCAUCGUCGACUACGUUUUCUUCAUGAAACCGGAUUGGCAGUCAUUUACGGUCUUAUUGUUGGUGCUUUAAUACGUUACACUGGCACUAGCAGUAAUACAAGUACGGGGUAUCAUAUGCCAGUUGUUCCAGAAAAGGGUUAUUCAUACAAUCAGUCAUUGCCUCCUGACACUUUAUGGUUGAGACAUUUUGGUAAAGGAGCAGGCCCUACUCCUAACAAGACAUAUGCCUAUACAUUUCGUGGUGAAAUUGUAGAUGUUGAAGAUAAUGAAAUUGAUUUAAAGGCUACUUUUGAUCCAGAGAUAUUUUUUAAUAUCAUUCUACCACCAAUAAUAUUUCAUGCUGGAUAUAGUCUUAAAAGAAGAUGUGAUCCGUUCUACAUUGCAAUGGCACCUCCUACACCUGUCUAG